AUGGGUGUCAUGUACGCGGCGUGUCCGUUCGACAAAUGGGGCAUUGAUAUAGUCGGGAAGUUACCUACAGCACCAGGAGGGAAGUGCUUUCUUAUCGUGGCUGUAGAUUAUUUUUCAAAAUGGGUUGAGGCUGAAGCUGUGGGCAAGAUAGAUGAAGUGACAGUGGAACGUUUCAUUUGGAGGAACAUCUGUUGCAGAUUCGGGGUACCGAGAAUCAUUGUGUCUGACAAUGGGACUCAGUUUACAGGGCAGAGGAUAGCAGAUUUUUGUGACCGAAUGGACAUCACCCAGCGUUUCGUCUCAGUGGCUCACCCACAAGCAAAUGGCCAGGUGGAAUUAGCUAACAGAACAAUCUGUGAAGGGAUCAAGAAGAGGCUGAACCAGAGCAGAGGGAAAUGGGUGGAGGAGUUAGACACUGUUCUCUGGGCCUACCGAACUAGCCCGAAGACAGCAACGGGCGAGGCACCGUUUACGCUGGUAUACGGAUCCAAUGCAGUAAUACCAGCGGAGGCCAGACUGGAAUCAUACCGCAUCAUCACCUAUGAUACAGAGCAUAACGCCGACCUUCGAAGAACUGAGCUCGACCUUGCGGAAGCACAGCGGGAAGAAGCGCAAAUCAGAGCAGCAAAAUAUAAAAGUCAAAGGGAAAGCAAAACAUCAGGAGCUGGCGACUUCGCCCCCAUGUGCCAACACUUCAAGCUUUUCUCCUCCGUUGGGAGAUAUUCACGCCAGAUCUACCUCAGAUCCACUCCGAUCUACCCCACACCUGCAGAAUACCAAGAAAAACAACAAGUCAAAAUGCCAGAGGGAAAGAAUACGGAGGAAAAGACCAAUCAACGUCCAGAUCUCGGGAAACCGGUAAUAAUGCUCUCAAAUACGGGAAGUCCCCUCCUCACAAUCACAAAGCUAGAAACCUACACUGGAAGCACAGAGGGAAAGGCAAAGCCUUCAAGGAUAUGA